AUGGAGAACGCAUUUUUGAUGACUCCUAAAGAAUGCAAGAGCUAUAUGUGGUCAUAUAAGGAAGAUGAAGACCGUCUUGAAAUUGACCUCGAACUUAAUCAGCAAGAAGUUGAAAAAUUCAACUUUUUAUACAAUCAAGAACAAAACUCGCUUAAAUGCACAAUUUCCGAUAGCAAAUAUCCGCUUAUCUCCGGUAUAUUCUAUGGUGCCACCCGUUAUGCUGAGUACGUUCAAGAUGGCACUAAAGUUAUUAUUACAAUCAAGAAAGCCGAAGGAGUAAACUGGCCAUAUAUUAUGAAGUCUCCGAUUGCUGAAGAUGGCGAUCUUGAUUUUAACUCAACAUUCUUGAAGUUCCUUGCUACACAAGAUGAACAAUUAGAAGUUAAGGGCAAAGCCUUAUUGAAAGGUGGUUUCAUUCCAGCCAUGAUGUACUAUGCUCAGAAGGCACUUGAUCAGGGCAACUAUGAAGAAGCUUAUGCUAUUUUAGAACCAGCAGUAUAUUAUGACGGAUAUUUACCAGCAAUUUUGUUGCUUGGUGAAGCUCUUCUUGACAAAUGCCCAGAGACUGCAUCAAGAUUACUCCAAAGAGCCCACAAACUCGGGAGCGCAAAGGCUGCACAACUUUUGGGAAAUUUAAAUAACCCUUUGACAAAAUAUAAACUGGAGAAAGACUACAACCUUGCGAUUUACUACUAUAAGUACGCAAUAGAACAGAGAGAUCCUGUUUCUAUGGUUUCUCUCGCUCAAAUGAUCGAAGAAGGCCUCGCUCCAGAGACAGGAUUCACUGCUGAGAAGUUGUACGAAGAGGCUCGUGCUAUUGACCCAACAAUUGUUAUCCAGAAACGCCAUGGAAUCCCAUUCAAUCUUUCUAAAGUUGGAAUUUCUAAACCACUUAUUGUUGGCGGAGCUGUUAUUGCAGCUGGCUUCCUUCUCUAUAAGGGUAUUAAGCGCUUCAUGAAUCAUAAAUAA